UUUCGUCUUUCUUUUCAAGGGAGCAGAAUAGUCCGGGUUUGCUACAAAGAAACCACGCGAGUAUUUGGGAUGAAGAUUGCAAUCAUCGGUCAGAGUCUGUUUGGUCAGGAGGUUUACAAGGAGCUAAAGAAGGAUGGCCACACCAUCGUAGGAGUCUUCACUAUCCCUGACAAAGAUGGCAAGGCUGACCCUUUGGCCACAGAGGCAGAGAAGGAUGGUGUCCCUGUAUUCAAGUUCCCCCGCUGGAGAGUGAAAGGCCAGGCCAUCCCAAAAGUGGUGGAUCAGUACAAGGCUACCAAGGCAGACCUCAAUGUUCUGCCCUUUUGCUCCCAGUUCAUCCCCAUGGAGGUCAUUGACUACCCCAAACAAGGUUCUAUCAUUUACCACCCCUCUCUGCUACCUCGCCACCGAGGAGCCUCUGCAAUCAAUUGGACGCUAAUCCAUGGUGACAAAAAGGGUGGUUUCACGGUGUUUUGGGCUGAUGAUGGGCUGGACACAGGACCAAUCCUGCUACAGAGAGAGUGUGACGUUGAUGCAAAUGACACCGUUAACACAAUCUACAAGAGAUUUCUCUUCCCGGAGGGAGUCAAAGGCAUGGUGGAAGCUGUGAGACUCAUCACUGAAGGGAAGGCACAGAGGACCACACAGCCUGAGACAGGGGCCACAUACGAAUGUAUCCAGAAAAAAGAAAAUGCUAAGAUUGACUGGAACCAGUCAGCUGAGGCUCUCCACAACUGGAUCAGAGGGAAUGACAAAGUCCCGGGGGCAUGGGCAGAGAUUGAUGGACAGAAAAUAACUUUCACUGGCUCCACCCUGAUGGACAGAGGCACAGGGGCCAAAGGUCAGCCACUGGAGAUUCCCGGAGCCAGCCAGCCUGGCCUUGUCACCAAGAAUGGUCUGGUGCUGUUUGGAAACGAUGGUGAAGCGCUAAUGGUGAAAUGCCUGCAGUAUGAAGAUGGAAAGAUGAUUUCUGCAGCACAAUACUUCUGCUCCAGGAGCAGUGUUUCUGUGGAGCUCUGUGAGGAGGAGAAAAUAUUCGCUGAGCAGAUGAGGGUUGUGUGGCAGAGCAUCCUGUCGAAUCUAAACCAGAUUGAAGACUCCACAGAUUUCUUCAAGUCUGGUGCUGCUUCAAUGGAUGUGGUCAGGCUUGUGGAAGAAGUGAAACAUCGAGCCAGCAGCUGUCGGCUCCAGACAGAGGAUGUCUACAUGAACACCACCUUCCAGGACUUCAUCCAGAUGUGCAUCAAGAAACUUCGAGGGGAGGAUGAUGAUGAGGAGCUCACUGUUGACUAUGUGGAGAAAAAGAUCAACAAUAUCACUGUAAACAUGCCCCAUCAGCUGUUUAUCAAUGGGGAGUUUGUUGAAGCAGAUGGAGGAAAGACUUACAAGACCAUUAACCCAACUGAUGGCACACCUAUCUGUGAUGUGUCCCUGGCCCAGAUCAGUGAUGUGGACAGGGCAGUAUCUGCUGCCAAGGAGGCGUUCGAACAGGGGGAGUGGGGCAAGAUGAACCCAAGAGACAGAGGCAGACUCAUUUAUAAGCUGGCUGACCUCAUGGAGCAGUAUCAGGAGGAGCUAGCCACCAUUGAAACUAUUGACUCGGGAGCUGUUUACACUCUGGCCCUUAAGACCCAUGUGGGCAUGUCUAUCCAGACAUUUCGCUACUUCGCUGGCUGGUGUGACAAGAUCCAAGGCAGUACCAUCCCCAUCAACCAGGCCAGGCCAAACCGUAAUCUAACGUUCACCAAGAAGGAACCAAUAGGAUUAAUGACGGGGUGGAACCCAGAAGUAUCACAGGUGACCAUGGUGGGAGUGGUCAAUCUGGAAUGGGUCAGCGUGGGUGGGGACGUUGAGGAGGUCAAAAAGAUGAAGAUUGGUGAUCCAUUGGAUCGCUCCACAGACCAUGGGCCCCAGAAUCACAAGGCACACAUGGACAAAUUGGUGGAGUAUUGUCAGAUUGGUGUAAAAGAAGGAGCCACUCUAGUCUGUGGUGGCAAACAGGUGCAGAGACCAGGUUUCUUCUUUGAGCCCACAGUGUUUACUGAUGUCCAAGACCAUAUGUACAUUGCCAAAGAAGAAUCAUUUGGCCCAGUUAUGAUAAUUUCGAAGUUUAAUAGUGGUGACUUGGAUGAUGUUUUAAGGAGAGCCAAUGCUACAGAGUAUGGGUUGGCUUCUGGUGUUUUUACACAGGACAUCAGCAAGGCUCUGUAUGUGAGCGAUAGGCUUAAUGCUGGUACUGUUUUUGUUAACACCUACAACAAGACGGAUGUGGCAUCACCUUUCGGAGGCUUCAAGCAGUCUGGAUUUGGCAAAGACCUGGGACAAGAGGCUCUCAAUGAAUACCUGAAGACCAAAGCAGUGACCAUUGAGUACUAGGUUGCCCUAGAACAGAGGAUGUUGAGCUGGAGGCAUCAGACAGAGAUGUGGGGGGUGAAACAUGUAAUGAUGCAGAUCAUACAAAGUGAUAUCACUCCCCGUAUGUGCCGUAACAUGCUAACUAUCGUAACGUGUUUAUUUAGUCCAACUUCUCAGAUGAUGAGCCAAAAUAAAUUGUACGAAAAUAUUGUCCAAAGGUUUGUGUCCUAAAAAAUGUUAUGUUCCAUUCCCUGGUCAGCAAUAAAAAUCACAGAGCACCUCA